CCAAACCGGAAACGAAUCAAAACACCAAAUCGUCAAGUGGUCACAUUUUCUUCAAUAUUUCGCUUGAUAGCUUCCUUACGUAUGGAGUCGACACUGGAGCAACACCUCGACGACACCAUGAAGAAUCCAGCAGUGGUCGGCGUUCUUUGUACGGACGAGCAAGGACACAACCUAGCAUGCCGCGGCUCGCUGUCGGACGAGCACGGAGGCGUGGUGUCCGUUUUGGCCAAGCAGGCCGCCGCGCUCACCAGAGACCCGACGGACACGCCCACUGUGUGCCUGGAGUCCGACUCCGGCAACAUUUUGGUGAGGAGUCAUGGGAGUGUCACGGUAGCCGUUCACAAGAUUUCCUCCUGAAAGCACCUUAAAAGAUCAUGUACAGAAAAUAUUGAUGCAAUGUUUUUCUGUCCCAAAGGACCACCCCAGCCCCCCUGGGUGUGUCAGCCUGUAAGUGUUUUAAUUAUGUUAUGUACAGAAGCUGCAUCUAUUCCACAAGUUGCAUCCUCUUUUACAAUAAUAAACUUGAUCAUCUUUUGA